AUCGCGCUGUGUUAGCAGUUCGAGGCACAGAAUAGAGAUAUUCUGUGUGGGAACAUUGGUGCUAGGGCAGGUUUGGGCUGAGAACGCUGUGAUCCUGUUCCAAGAUGAAGGCCGUGUUGCUGUUUUGUGUCCUUCUUGGACUCGUCAUUUCAACCAACGGUGCAACUGUCGAGGAAAACACCAACGAGGUGGCGGAGAAGAGUGUUCCGGAAGAGGUUGAUGUAGAGGAAGAUUCUGCAAGCGAAGAAGAGGAAGACCCAGAAGCUGAAGAGCCCUCUGAAGACGAGGAAAGUGAUGCUACAGAACCGGAAGAGGAAAAUGAUGCUACAGAACCGGAAGAGGACACUGAAUUAUCUGAAGACAAUUCUGAGCAAAUAGCAAAAGACGGCUCUGUAUCAGAUCCUGUAUGGCGCAGACGGAGCUUCCGCAGAAGAUCUUGGCGCCGACGUAGCUUCCUCAGAAGAUCCUGGCGAAGACGUAGCUUCCUCAGAAGAUCCUGGCGCAGACGUAGCUUCCGCAGAAGAUCCUGGCGCAGACGUAGCUUCAUCAGAAGAUCCUGGCGCAGACGUAGCUUCCGCAGAAGAUCCUGGCGCAGACGUAGCUUCAUCAGAAGAUCCUGGCGCAGACGUAGCUUCCGCAGAAGAUCCUGGCGCAGACGUAGCUUCAUCAGAAGAUCCUGGCGCAGACGUAGCUUCCGCAGAAGAUCCUGGAGCAGACGUAGCUUCCGCAGAAGAUCCUGGCGCAGACGUAGCUUCCGCAGAAGAUCCUGGAGCAGACGUAGCUUCCGCAGAAGAUCCUGGCGCAGACGUAGCUUCCGCAGAAGAUCCUGGCGCAGACGUAGCUUCCGCAGAAGAUCCUGGCGCAGACGUAGCUUCCGCAGAAGAUCCUGGCGCAGACGUUACUGGCGCAGAAGAUCUUGGCGCAGACGUUCUUGGCGCAGAAGAUCUUGGCGCAGACGUUCUUGGCGCAGACGUUUCGGAAAAUAAGCAAAGUACUGGUUAAGAUACUUUUUUGCUCCCUAAUUAUGUUUUCCAUUUUUAACUUUUGUACAUUUGAAGCUGUUGACCAAGGUCAGUAGAGAAUGA